GCGCGCGUCGGCUCGGCUUCACGUCACUUUGUUUAUUUUAUACGAAACACUCGUACAAGAUUUAAAUUCUCAAAGAAAUAGUGCUUUUGUUGUAUCAAUUAAAAUAAAUUUCGGAUGUAUGACGUUGUGCCGGUGUCUGUUUUGUGUACAUUUAUCGAUUUUUCUCAUAGCACUUAUCCGAAUUAAGCGGCUCUAAUUUUUUAAAGUACGAAAUUAAUCGAAGUAAAGUCGCGCGGUGUGCUUUCUGAAAAGUUUGUGCUUUCAGUGUCAGCUGUGUUAGCUCGUUAGCUGUCCCUUUCAUUCUAGUCGAAAGGGAAAGGAAGGCCAGAUUGCUUGGCUACUGUUGUUUUGUUUUCAUGAUUUUCUUUGCUGCAUAUACAUAGAGCGGAUUGAGGAAAUAAAUCGCUUCGAUAUCUUGUGCAUACAAGAAUAUUAUAAGUACACAGCAAACAGGCACACCGCCCACGUUGCGAGAUAACGCCGCAUCCCGUCCACAGAGAAAUUAAUCUAGCGCACGGUAACAGGAAACAUGCCGAUAAACUACUGUAUGCUGUAACGAUCAGAGCACGAAGCAACCAUACAUUGACAUGCUCAGCUGACACCUGUCCAGUUUUCAUUGUUGACAAGAUGUCGCCCGCUGCAUCGACGAAGUACGGUGCACAAGAAGCGCAUUCGCCAUCAAAAACCAUACCAAAAACCUUAAACAUUAUGGAGCAUCUAAAUAAUAUAGCAACUAGAGAAAAAAAUUAUAACGAACAAACAGCAUGCGUCACCAAAGCGUGCAUUCAUAGUAGUAUGAGACAAAAUCAUUCCAAUAAAAAACUAGACGAAAAUAACGAAUUGACUGAUUUAGAUAGGUAUACGAUGCAAAUACGAGAUUACGAAUGUUCGCGUGGAGAAAUCGAACGACGACCGUCCAGGAACACUGACGAAAAAAUACGACGUGGAGAGCGCGUAAUGCAAAACUUACUCGUAAAAGAAUCGAUUAUCAGACAAAAAAUCGAUAUAAAGGCAGACGCAACGAGCCCUGUUGUUUCAAAAUUUAAAUACGUACAGAAUACACAGGAGUGGAUGAAAACAGUCGAGAGGUUAAUGUGCAUCCGUAUUCGAGCGUUGUUCGUAAUAGGACUGUUGCUCACUAUGAUCGCUACUGGUACAGCUGCACCCACCAGAUCACGAGCGACGAGGACUGCACACCACGAGAGAUCAGCGCGAGGAUACCUUGAAACUUUCGGAUAUCUGAGCAAAAGUCGACCUGAAGUUGGAAAUCUUAUAAUGGACGGAAACGAGCAAUCUUACGAAGACGAUUUCCGGAUCGCGAUCAAAACUUUACAAGAAUUCGGAGGUAUUCCUGUCACAGGGGAGCUAGACGCAGCGACAAGAAAUUUAAUGAAACAAAAGCGGUGUGGUAGACCAGACAGAGAAGAACAGGAUCACGAAAAUCGAAGAUCGAAGAGAUUUGCCGUCCAGGGAGCGAAGUGGAAACACACCAAUUUAACAUGGAG